GCCACAUCGACAUCGUGUCUGUCGCGGCGGCGCGUCCAAGUCGGGUUGACGGCUGUUGACGGGCAGCCAUCUAAGCUGCAUACCAACAGUAAGGCCUCCUUCGACUCAUAGACUUUCACGCUCUGUCCACUGUAGGUACUGGUCGCUCGCCCGGAAAGGAUGGCGCCCCAUCGAGCCCUAGAGAAUAUCGACGUCGUCUCCUACAUACUGCAGUACUUCGGGCCUGACUCAGACUCCGGUCUCUCAGUCUUUGACGACGUCGACGUAUUCCCUCGUCUUGGCGCAGGAAAACAGUGGAGGAUACUCUCGUAUUGCGCACGCACCUCGAAGGCCUUCUGUGGGCCAGCAACGCGCUUGCUCUGGCGAGAGCUCCCGUUGCUUGUCCCGCUGCUCUCUCUGGGUAUGCGUCUCUCCAAGUCCAAGGGCAAGUUCAGUUAUGACAUGAUCAACGAGUCGGACAAUGGGACGAUCAUAUGGUACUCCACAGGGGGCCCCGCGAAAAAGGGCCUGCAACGCUUUAGUCGCUUCGCUGCGCUCGUUCGAUGCAUCGACAUCCCUGAGAAAGAGCAUAUUGACCCAACAGUCCUCUUUCACCUUUCGCUGGCCAACCCGCAGGGAGAGCCGCUCCUGCCGAUGGUCGAGGAGCUCUGGUGCCGAACUUCACCUUUCCUCGACAUGAUUGUCAUGUUCCUAGCGGGACGCAGUCUUCGCGCACUCACCAUCCUCGCGCCUGGGGGGUGGUUGUUGAACUAUGCGGCAGAAUCGGACACCCGCAACGCUGGCGCCGUCAGACGGCUCCUUGGCGCAUUGCCCUCAAAGACGCCUGAGCUGCGCUCUCUCUAUGUGUGCGACACAAGCGAGGUUGACCUGCUGGACAAUGACAUGUCAUGGGUUGGCGGUUUGCGUGAGCUUCGCUCACUACGUUUGGAUUGCGGGUGGGACGGGCCAUUCCUGGUGCACCUCAUGCCUGCGCUAGCGACACUCGACCACCUAUGUGACCUCGCUCUUCUCCUUGACGACCGGUUGGUCGCGUUUGAGACGCCUCGGGGCUUUCCUCAAUUGCGAAACCUGCGGUUGGAUGGUCAAAGCCACGACGAUUUUGACGGUAUGGAUGCUCUGGCGCAGAUCAUGUCACCCAUUCACUUGGAUCGCCUCGAAAUUGUUUUGGCGUUCGUGAACACGUUCACGGAGAAUCAUAGCCUUCUCGACGCAUUCGCCGGUGUAUAUGCUCACACCUUGACAAGCAUCCACCUGAGCCUAAGUGCGCGGAUGCCAAGGGACUCUGAAUUUUUCCCUGCUCCCCCUGUUCCUUUCCCGGCAUUUUAUCUCCUCCGACCCCUCUUGCAAUUGCAAGGCCUACAGGUCAUCGAUAUUCGCUACCACAGGCAGAUGUCACUUACCGACAUUGACGUACGCAAACUCGAAGAGGUCUGGCCAUCCUUACGGAGCCUCAGCCUCUCUUGGAGAGUUCCCAACACCGCCGGCUCAGCACCAUCCUUCCACUGCAUCGUCGACUUCAUAUUAUCUCACCCUGAUCUCUCGGUGGUCCACAUUCCGGCAGUAGAUAUCGAGGGCAGGUCCACCCGCUGUGGCGACGUCAAGGCUGUGCCGUCGGGUCUUGCGGCAGGCGACGACCUGGACCAGCGCAUUCCAGAUCCCAAGAAGGUUGCUGAGGUUCUUCGUGUUAUGUUCCCAAACAUUUCCGUUGACGAAUUUGCGGCGGAAGUGGGGUCUGGUAAGUGGGGCGUAGUACUGUCGACGCUUAGGGAUAGUAACCCGACCAAGUAA